AUGGACUCGGUGCUCGCGUUCCAGCACCUCGCGCAGCUCCAUGCCAUUUCGCCCGAUGACGUGAUCGAGAUGGCGACGCACGCGUACGAAAGCUGGCGCGUGCGCGACAAGACGCGCCCGAAGAACGUGUUUGGGGCUCUUGAUACUCGCCGCCGCGUGCGCCCGACGUCGCCCAAGAAGGCACCGACGCGACAGUCGGCCCGCGCGUCGACGCGGGCGUCGUCAAUGGCCGAGGCGUUCCAGCCGCGGACGAUUCCGCUGGCGUCUCUUGCUGCGUCGAGUGGAACGCAACACGAGAUCAUUGCGAUCGAUGAUGACGACGACGAAUACGACGACGAUGCUCCGCUUGCGUAA